CCUCCUCCUCCUCCUCCUUCCCACCAUCCCCGACCCCUCCCGGGUCACGCCCUAUCUGCGCACCGGCAACGCGGGGCGGACAACUCCAAACCCCCGAGAAUCAUCACCAAAAUAAGCUCGGGGGGAGGGUGGCCAGAGAGCAUCCCGCUCCAAUCACGCCAUGAAGGGAGAGGCAGGCGGUAGGUUCCCAGCGGCGGUCGGGUUGCUUCUCUGUAUGGGAAUUUCACAGUUUUAGAUAACCAAAGCUAAUUUAAGUAUGCUUAAAAGGAAACAGAGUUCAAGGGUAGAGGCCCAGCCAGUGACAGACUUUGGUCCCGAUGAAUCUCUGUCAGACAACGCUGAUAUCCUGUGGAUUAACAAACCAUGGGUGCACUCUUUAUUACGCAUCUGUGCCAUCAUCAGUGUUAUUUCGGUCUGCAUGAACACCCCAAAGACCUUCGAACAUUAUCCUCCUCUUCAAUAUGUGACCUUUGCUCUAGAUACACUACUGAUGUUUCUCUACACAGCAGAGAUGAUAGCAAAGAUGCACAUCCGUGGCAUAGUCAAGAUGGAGUUGGGAAAAGGUUGGAGGUUAACCACACCACAGCCAUUUCAGAUGUUCAAGGGGGAUAAUUCCUAUGUGAAGGACCGCUGGUGUGUGUUUGAUGGAUUCAUGGUAUUUUGUCUUUGGGUGUCAUUAGUUUUACAGGUGUUUGAAAUUGCUGAUAUAGUUGAUCAAAUGUCACCUUGGGGCAUGUUGAGGAUCCCUCGGCCGCUUAUUAUGAUUCGAGCAUUCCGGAUCUAUUUCCGCUUUGAAUUGCCAAGAACCAGGAUAACCAACAUUUUAAAGCGCUCAGGUGAACAAAUUUGGAGUGUUUCAAUAUUCCUUCUGUUCUUUCUGCUUCUGUAUGGAAUUCUGGGGGUUCAGAUGUUUGGACCUUUCACGUAUCAUUGUGUAACAAAUGAUACAAAGCCAGGAAACAUAACCUGGAAUAAUCUAGCAAUUCCGGAUACACACUGUUCGAAACCAUCUGAAGAAGGUUACCAGUGCCCCCCAGGAUUUGAAUGCUUGGACCUUGAAGAACUAGGGUUAAGCAGGCAAGAGCUGGGCUACAGUGGCUUUAAUGAGAUAGGUACAAGCAUCUUUACCGUUUACGAAGCUGCUUCUCAAGAAGGCUGGGUCUUCCUGAUGUACCGAGCAAUCGACAGCUUCCCCCGAUGGCGCUCUUACUUCUAUUUCAUCACCUUAAUUUUCUUCCUUGCUUGGCUUGUUAAGAAUGUAUUUAUUGCUGUCAUCAUUGAGACAUUUGCUGAAAUCAGAGUGCAGUUCCAACAGAUGUGGGGAUCCAGGAGCAGUACGACUUCAACAGCUACGACACAGAUGUUUCAUGAAGAUGCUACAGGAGGAUGGCAGCUAGUAGAUGUUGAUGUGAAUAAGCCUCAGGGCAGAGCGCCAGCAUGUUUGCAGAGAAUGAUGAGGUCCUCAGUUUUCCAUAUGUUUAUCCUGAGCAUGGUGGCAGUAGAUGUCAUUGUUGCGGCUAGCAAUUAUUACAAGGGAGAGACUUUUAAGAGCCAAUACGAUGAAUUCUACCUUGCAGAGGUUGCAUUUACGGUCCUGUUUGAUCUGGAAGCUCUUCUGAAGAUCUGGUGCCUGGGAUUUACUGGCUACAUCAGUUCAUCUCUGCACAAAUUUGAGCUACUGCUGGUUAUUGGAACUACUCUUCAUAUUUAUCCAGACCUCUACCAUUCACAAUUUACAUACUUUCAGGUGCUCAGGGUAGUUCGACUUAUAAAGAUUUCUCCUGCUCUGGAAGACUUUGUGUAUAAGAUUUUUGGACCCGGGAAAAAACUUGGGAGUUUGGUUGUAUUUACUGCCAGCUUAUUAAUUGUAAUGUCAGCAAUCAGUUUGCAGAUGUUCUGUUUUGUGGAAGAACUAGACAGAUUUACAACAUUUCCAAGGGCUUUUAUGUCCAUGUUCCAGAUCCUUACACAGGAAGGAUGGGUCGAUGUCAUGGAUCAAACUCUUAAUGCUGUAGGGCAUAUGUGGGCACCUGUUGUCGCUAUCUACUUCAUACUUUAUCAUCUUUUUGCUACCCUGAUUCUGCUGAGUUUGUUUGUUGCUGUUAUUUUGGACAACUUGGAACUUGAUGAAGAUCUAAAGAAACUUAAGCAACUGAAGCAAAGUGAGGCGAAUGCAGAUACCAAGGAAAAGCUCCCACUGCGCCUACGGAUCUUUGAAAAAUUCCCUAACAGACCUCAAAUGGUAAAAAUCUCCAAGCUCCCAUCGGAUUUUACAGUGCCCAAAAUAAGGGAAAGCUUUAUGAAGCAAUUUAUUGAUCGACAGCAGCAAGACACAACUUGUUUACUGAGAAGGCUUCCAUCAGCUUCUUCCUCCUCAUGUGACCAUUCUAAAAGGUUGGCAAUUGAAGACAACAAAUACAUUGACCAGAAGUUGCAUGACAGGCAAGCUGACAUCAUGAUUACAGGGAUCUCCAGCCUUAUCAGGAUGCUGUUGUCCUUUCUGGAAGACCGCUGGAAGCUCCGCAAAUCUGUUUUCAGCAUUAGAGCAAGAAACCUUCUGGAAAAGGAGACUGCAAUCAAUAAAAUUCUUAGGGCCUGUACACGCCAGCGUAUGUUGAGUGGAUCCUUUGAGGGGCAGCCCGCAAAAGAAAGAUCAAUUCUUAGUGUCCAGCAUCAUAUACGCCAAGAACGCAGGUCACUAAGACAUGGCUCCAACAGUCAGCGAAUCAGCAGAGGAAAAUCGCUUGAAACUCUAACUCAAGAUCAUUCUAAUACAGUGAGGUACAGAAAUGCACAGAGAGAAGACAGCGAGAUAAAAAUGAUCCAGGAAAAGAAGGAGCAGGCAGAAAUGAAAAGGAAAGUCCAGGAAGAAGAGUUACGAGAGAAUCACCCCUAUUUUGACAAGCCUCUGUUCAUCGUUGGCCGUGAACACAGAUUCAGAAAUUUCUGCAGAGUGGUUGUGCGAGCUCGCUUCAACGCCUCUAAAACAGACCCUGUUACUGGAGCAGUGAAAAAUACCAAAUAUCAUCAACUUUAUGAUUUGCUGGGAUUGGUUACAUAUCUGGACUGGGUGAUGAUCAUUGUCACUAUAUGCUCUUGCAUCUCAAUGAUGUUCGAAUCUCCCUUUCGAAGAGUGAUGCAUGCACCAACACUUCAGAUCGCUGAAUAUGUUUUUGUAAUAUUCAUGAGCAUUGAACUUAAUUUAAAGAUUAUGGCUGAUGGCUUGUUUUUUACUCCAACGGCAGUCAUAAGAGACUUUGGGGGUGUCAUGGAUAUAUUUAUAUAUCUUGUAAGCUUGAUAUUUCUCUGCUGGAUGCCGCAAAACGUCCCUGCGAAGUCAGGAGCUCAGCUCUUAAUGGUGUUACGGUGUCUCCGGCCACUUCGGAUAUUUAAGCUGGUGCCUCAGAUGAGAAAGGUUGUCCGAGAACUAUUCAGCGGCUUCAAGGAAAUCUUUCUAGUUUCCAUUCUUUUGCUGACAUUGAUGCUUGUUUUUGCAAGCUUUGGAGUUCAGCUUUUUGCUGGGAAACUGGCUAAGUGCAAUGAUCCGCAUAUUAUUGCAAGGGAAGACUGCCAUGGCAUAUUCCGAAUAAAUGUAAGUGUUUCCAAAAAUCUAAAUCUAAAAUUAAGACCCGGCGAAAAGAAGCCUGGAUUUUGGGUGCCUCGAGUCUGGGCCAACCCUCGGAACUUUAACUUUGACAAUGUUGGGAAUGCAAUGUUGGCAUUAUUUGAAGUCCUUUCCUUAAAGGGAUGGGUUGAAGUCAGAGAUGUUAUCAUUCAUCGUGUGGGGCCCAUCCAUGGCAUCUACAUCCAUGUCUUUGUAUUCCUUGGCUGUAUGAUUGGGCUAACUCUUUUCGUCGGAGUCGUCAUUGCUAAUUUCAAUGAAAAUAAGGGAACAGCUUUGCUGACAGUUGAUCAGAGGCGAUGGGAGGAUCUCAAGAGCAGACUGAAGAUAGCACAGCCACUUCACCUCCCUCCUCGCCCAGAUAAUGAUGGAUUUCGAGCCAAGAUGUAUGAUAUAACUCAACAUCCAUUUUUCAAGAGGACCAUUGCUGUUCUUGUCUUGGCCCAGUCUGUGUUGUUAUCUGUUAAGUGGGAUGAUCAAGACCCCGUUACCGGCCCUUUAGCAGCAAUGUCCGUCGUCUUCACCUUCAUUUUUGUUCUUGAGGUUACCAUGAAAAUUAUUGCUAUGUCACCUGCUGGAUUUUGGCAGAGCAGAAGAAAUCGCUAUGAUCUCUUGGUGACAUCUUUAGGAGUCAUUUGGGUGAUACUCCACUUUGCCCUAACUAAUGCCUACACAUACAUGAUGGGGGCAUGUGUAAUUGUCUUCAGGUUCUUCUCGAUCUGUGGGAAACAUGUGACCCUGAAGAUGCUGCUUCUGACAGUGGUUGUCAGCAUGUACAAGAGCUUUUUCAUCAUAGUAGGGAUGUUCCUGCUGUUACUUUGCUAUGCUUUCGCAGGAGUAGUUUUAUUUGGCACUGUAAAAUAUGGAGAGAACAUCAACAGGCAUGCCAACUUUUCAUCAGCUGGUAAGGCCAUUACUGUACUCUUCAGAAUAGUCACUGGGGAAGACUGGAACAAGAUAAUGCAUGACUGCAUGGUUCAACCUCCUUUUUGUACUCCAGAUAACAGAACAUACUGGAAGACAGAUUGUGGAAACUAUGCUGGUGCUCUUAUGUAUUUCUGUUCAUUUUAUAUCAUCAUUGCAUACAUAAUGCUAAAUUUGCUUGUGGCUAUAAUUGUGGAAAAUUUCUCGCUGUUUUAUUCCACGGAGGAAGACCAGCUCUUAAGUUACAAUGAUCUUAGACAUUUCCAAAUUAUAUGGAACAUGGUUGAUGACAAAAGAGAGGGAGUGAUUCCUACCUUCCGAGUCAAGUUCUUGCUGAGGUUGCUGCGUGGAAGGUUGGAGGUGGAUCUGGACAAGGACAAACUUUUGUUCAAACACAUGUGCUAUGAAAUGGAGAGGCUGCAUAAUGGCGGAGAUGUAACAUUCCACGAUGUACUGAGCAUGCUCUCCUAUAGAUCUGUUGACAUCAGAAAAAGUCUUCAGCUGGAAGAACUGCUUGCUAGGGAACAACUGGAAUACACCAUAGAAGAAGAAGUAGCCAAACAGACUAUCCGCAUGUGGUUGAAGAAGUGCUUGAAGCGCAUUAGAGCAAAACAGCAGCAGUCAUGCAGCAUUAUCCAUAGUCUCCGAGAGAGUCAACAACAGGAGCUUAGCCGUUUCCUAAAUCCACCAAGCAUUGAGACAACACAACCAAGUGAAGACAUGAAUGCUAAUAACCAGGAUAACAGUACACAGCCUGAGACAAGUAGUCAACAACAGCUCCUUAGUCCAACGCUCUCUGACAGAGGUGGAUAUCGGCAAGACUCUACUGAUGGCGGUAAACCUCAGCGGAAGUUUGGACAGUGGCGUUUGCCAUCAGCUCCAAAGCCAAUAAGCCAUUCAGUGUCUUCAGUCAACUUACGGUUUGGUGGCCGUACAACCAUGAAGUCUGUUGUGUGCAAGAUGAAUCCCAUGUCAGACGUGGCUUCUUGUGGAUCAGAAGUCAAGAAAUGGUGGACAAGACAACUCACUGUGGAGAGUGAUGAGAGUGGUGAAGACCUGCUUGAUAUCUGAUUGGAAAAAGAUGCCAAUUCAAGUCACACUUAUGCAACAUUCCUUUGGAAUUAAAUCGUUUUCUUGGUUUUUAAA